AUGAUGAUGAUGAUGAUGAUGAUCGAUGAUGAUGAUGAUGAUGAUGAUGAUGAUGAUGAUGAUGAUGAUGAUGAUGCUGAGGAUGAUGAUGGUGAGGAUGAUGAUGAUGAUGGUGUCUCCCAAGCUGCACAAAUAUGGCGCACGCCUCCGGCCAACCGUACCUCCAAAAGGAUCUCCAAUCUACGGACUGGCAAACUGGCUGUGCCGACGGCUCAAAUUAUUGACCGCUGA